UCAGCUUCCUGCUACAGAGGACCCAGGAUCUGAUCAUUCUCCCUUGAGGAAUCAUGAGGCUGGCACCCAUCCUGCCGCGUCUAGUGACGAAGAGUCAGAGGAGGAUAUGCUCGCGCCUCCCAAGUCUAAACGGUCUGCUAUCGCUCAAGUCAAGACGGACAUUUCUUCGGAUGAGGACGAGGUAUUCAGCUUGCGUCCCCCCUCGCAGGCUCAAAGCUCGAUUGAGAGCUCCCUCGCCAGAAGCCGCUCCGCUGUCAAGGCUACAAAGGAAUCAGAUUCCGAGUCUGAAGAAGAAGAAAUUCCGCUGACGACGCGGUCUCUGAAGCACAAGGCUCUGCCCGUCGCUCGGCCUGGCCUGAGCCAGCUGCCUCAGGACGAAAAAGCGCCAAUCACUGCAGAGAGAGAUGCUCGGCCAUGCUUUGCUUGCACUGAGGAGCAAGCUGAGAUUGGCCCCUUGAUCCUGGAUUCCGAGGCAUGUAUUAAGGUUCCCGCCUCGAUUAAUCGCUUUCUGCGAGACUAUCAGAGAGAGGGCAUCAAAUUCAUGUUCAAGGCUUGGCAGGAGAAGAGAGGUGCCAUUCUCGGGGAUGACAUGGGCUUGGGGAAAACGGUGCAAGUCAUCGGAUUCCUCUCUGCAAUUAUGGGCAAGACCGGCAGAGAGCAGGACCUCGACCGCCGGAUCAAGGCUUCUCGGGCGUCCCGCUUUGCAGCGGGAACCCGAGCCAACGAUAUAUGGCCUACGUGUCUCGUGCUCUGUCCCCAGACUGUCACUGGGAAUUGGUUGAAGGAGCUCGAGACUUGGGGCUACUUCGAGGUCGCACAUUACGGCACAGGACAAAGCGAUCCCCUUCAGGCCUUCAAACGGGGGCGACUUGAUGUCGUUGUAGCAUCUCACGAAUACGCGAUCAUGCGUAUCGAUGAGCUCAAGGACCUCGACUUCUCGUGCAUCUUCAUGGACGAGGCACACAAGUUCAAGUCGGCCUCCACCAAGGGGACGCAGGCCAUGAAUCGCUUCCGGUGCCCGGUGCGCAUUGCAAUGAGCGGGACGGUGAUCCAGAACCGCUACGAGGAGAUGUGGUCCAUUUUCGACUGGACCAAUCCCCGUAAGUUCGGCACCAUCAAGGCCUGGACAGACCUGAUUGCAAUGCCUCUGAAGUUAGGCCAACGCAGGGGAGCCUCUGCCGAAGAAGUGGCUGAUCAUCGUCUGAUUAGCAAGCUCUUUACAAAGAAUUUCCUCCCGCCCUUUCUGCUGCGCCGGACAAAAGCACUAAUCGCCGACCAGAUGCCGGCCAAGACGGACAAGAUCAUCUUCUGUCCUCUGGCACUGCAACAGCUGCAAGGGUAUCGCAUGUUUUGCGAGCUGCCUGAGGUCAGGCUCAUGCUGCGCAUGAAUGAAUCUUGCCCCUGCGGCCGCGAGGACAACGAGGGCCGACGCUUCCGCCGCAAGAACUGCUGCAACAAAGGUGCCGCCAGGGACAUUCUACGGUACAUGAAUAUCCUGACCUGCCUUGCCAACCACGCUGCGCUGUUCUUUCCCGACCCGGAAGAUCUCCGCAGUCCAAAGGAGAGUGUACGUGAGCGGUUCGAGAAGCAGCGGGGUUAUGUGGAGUCGCUUUGGCCAGAAAGUUGGGAAUCGAAGCUCUGUAACGCGAGCAAUGGUCUCCAGCCCAAUCUGUGCGGCAAGUGGCUGGUCCUCCGCGAUCUGCUUGGCACUUGGCAAAAGCAGGGCGACAAAGUCCUUCUGUUCUCGCGGUCGAUUCGCCUCCUCAAUUGGCUACAGUGGUUCGUCGAGCAUUCUGCCUGGACAUUCUUGCGCCUUGAUGGUACCACCCCCCAGGCUCAGAGACAGCAGAAAGUCGAUGAUUUCAAUAGCGACCCGUCAAUGUUUCUGUUUCUGAUCUCUACACGCGCUGGCGGCACCGGGCUGAACCUUACUGGAGCAAACAAGGUGGUCAUUUUCGACCCGAGCUGGAACCCUGCAGAGGAUAUGCAGGCCAUGGACCGAGCCUACCGCUUCGGCCAGCAGCGGGACGUGUACGUUUACCGUCUGAUUGGCGCGGGAACGCUCGAGGAGAUUAUAUAUGGCCGGCAAAUUUACAAGUCUCAGGCCGCUAACAUUGCCUACAGUGCAUCAUCUGAGCGACGCUUCUUUUCGGGCGUGGAAGGAGUGUACGAAGGAGAACUGUUUGGGCUUCAGAACAUCCUCUCCUUCCGGGAGUCCGGCACGAUCACGAAGGCCAUCAUCGAGGAUUGUGAGGUCGACGAGGCCGUUCAAGAGGUGCGCAAAUUCCUCCGAGACCUCGGCUCGCCCGCUGCUGGCGCUCACGGUGAUGACAGCGACGAAGAGCCCAACACGCGCGAGGAUACCAGAAGCGAUGCUGGCGAGUCGGAUGCGGACGCAAGGCCUAGUGGGAGCAUCUCUCGAAAGAAGAGGAGAGAGUCCAGUCCGGCAAAGGGCAAGGAGAAAGCCGUCGAGGAUCAGAUCCUUGCCUCCCACGGCAUCUCAUACACGCAUGACCAUCAACAGGUCAUGCAGGGCCCUUCCCGGGGGCCGAGGCGUCAGCGCCAACUUUCGGAGGCAGAGGACAGCGCGAGCACGCCAGGAUCGAAGAAGCCGCUCAAGCAAGGAGGAUCUGUUUGGCCGCCUCCACGCAGUCGCAGGCGCGAUGAGUGGAUCUAGCAAGGAAUGAGUAUACCCGGCGGAAUGAUUGAUGCAGUAGAAGGGACGUGAGCGUGAUGUGAACUUGGGGAGA